AUGCCUGUUCCUGGCAUUCAUUUCGAAGAAGAUGAAGAAGACGAGCACACCGCCGAUGACGCUCUGACACCCCUCCAACUCGCAGCCUGGGAAGGCGAUCUUGCCACCGUCUCGAGGCUCUUACAGCAAGGCGUGGACCCCAACGAAACUCCCCAUGGCUGGUACGGCAAGACAUCUCUGCAGGCGGCUGCUCUCCGAGGGCACGUUGGAAUCGUGGAUCUUCUUUUGGAAGCUGGGGCCGAGGUCGAUGCACCGGGUGGCAACAACGGAGGUCGCGCGGCGCUUGCGCUCGCUGCUGGAGCUGGAAAGAGUGCAGUGAUAGAGCGACUACUUAUUGCAGGUGCCGAUAUGAACUUGCCUCCGCAUAGAUAUAUGGGCCGCAGUCCUCUCCAAGCUGCUGCAGAAUUCGGAAACGUUGGAAUUGUCAAGACAUUGAUUGAAGGAGGCGCUGAACUGGAAGGCCCAAUGGCUCAGCAUUUUGGUCGUACCCCUUUGCAAGCAGCUGCUGAGAAUGCGCACGUGGAUGCGGUUGAAUUCUUCCUGGGCCAUGGUGCAAGCGUGAACACACCGCCGUCUCGUUAUAAGGGUGUUACGGCGCUCCAAGGCGCUGCAGCAUGCGGGAAUGUAGACUUGGUACACAGACUUGUCGAAGCUGGUGCGGAUGUUAAUGCCUUAGGCAGUUAUUACCAGGGAGGUGCGGCUCUGUGGCUGGCUGCUAGUGCGGGUCAUGCAGAGGUUGUCGAGAUGCUACUGAAUGCCGGCGCAGAUCAAAGCGCAGUAUCUGGGAAUCAAGGGAAGCAGUGCACGGCUCUGCAAGUAGCAAAUUUGAAGGGAAGAGAGGAUGUCGUGGAGCUAUUGAAGGUCUGGCAAAAGAAUGGCGUCACCUCGAUAGACCAUGCUCCUGGGUAA